UGCAACUGGUCAGAAUCAGUCUGAAAAAGUCAAUCUAAGUGAAAGCAGCAUCAAGCGGAAGCCAGUAAAAAGGAGUUUACCAGAACAUACCAGGGAUUUCAGCAAUGCGUCGAUCUGGUCUGCUGCUCUUAAUUUCAGCCUUUGUGCUGAGUGCGGCAGUGGCUCUUCCCACGAGUAGGGAGGAAACCGAGGAGGUGGAUUACAGUGAGCCCUCGCCACUGGAGCAGGUCGAAGUCGAGGACUCCAGCGAGCAGAUGGGCAGUACCGAUAAAGUUAUACGCAGGAGAGCCGCCGAGGGUGAUAGCAGUCCUUCGGAGGAGCUUAAAACCGGUGCCAAGGAAGAGGUAAAGGAAAGUGUUGACAGCUCCGCGGAAUCUUCAUCUUCGGAGGAGGAGCAGAGGACGGAGAAUGCAGCCAAAAUAUAUGGGUCCCAAGCCACAGACUCCGCUGCCAGAAGGCGUAGGUCAGAUGAAAGAUAUAGGAACCUGUACCUCCUUGCCACCAUUUGCCCAAAAGCUGAUACCAGCCAUUUGGAGAAGGGCAGUUCCUUAGAUAGAAGAAUUGAAAUAAGCGAUAUGUAUGCAAUUUGUGACUCCUUAAAGCAAUAAUGCGUUCGAUUUUUGAUAAAAAAAAACUAUAAAAAGCAACAUUAUGAAUAUAAAUAAACUCAAAUAAAAUCCCAAACAUACCAAA